AUUUCACUUUAUUGUCAUAUCACAAGUUUUUCCCCGACCUAAUUGUCCCCAAUUUGCAACUUCAUCUUAGUUUUGCGAUAAUUAAUAUCCAAAACCGCUGCAGGAUGGCAGUGCCGACUAGGAAAAACACCUCAAAGCGACUCACGCUCAGCGUCUUUUUCCUGUAGCUGUCCUCCAACAUUGCCGGGGGUCUGGGCCCCCCGUGGAGAUCCGUCACCACGUAGUUGAUGUGUGUGUAGGCGGGAGGCUCCAACAAAGCGGGUAUCCAUUGCGCCUUUGGGAAAUAAAACAUAUGUUCUAUCAAAAAAGGUGUGAAGGAGACUAUAGGGGUGUUAUAUCAUGUCUAGAGGGUUUCUAUGCUGUCACGAUAAAAACAUUUCCAUUCACAAGGAAGGAAUCCUACUAAUUCAUGUACCACGGUCGGGUUUGGAACCACUUAAAUGCCAUAAAUAAGGGAUUAUUGUACAAUUACUUUUUUCUUUUGAGUACCACUGCAUGGCAAAAACCGCAAAAAUGAUGCCGAGUCUUCAAGAGACACAACAUAAGAGAUACAAGAGGCCGAAAAGACACAGCAAAAAAAAUAAUUGUCAUAUAUUUCCCAAAACAGAGCUUGAAAAAAAAGCAUGGUGGUCUUGUAUUCAGUGUCGUCUUAUACCAUAUUUGGAGUUAUUAAUCGAGCCAUUCUAUUGACACCCAACAAAAACCCUUGGAUCAUCUCUACACCUAAAAUACCUCCAUCACAUCCGGUAUGGAUUUAAGCGGUGUUCGGGCGCCGUGACGAAACAGGACUUGAACCAGCUUCAGCUCGUACGCAGACGUUUGGCUCUUCUGCUUCAGCCACACCAGGGAACCGAAGACGAUGGACACGGAGCCAACUAUCCCCACUCUGGUCCAAAAUUUCCUCAUGGCUGCACUGGGAAGAGAACCAAAUAAAUGAAGUACUUAAUAGUUGUAUUAAGUAGUAAUGACAGUAGUAUUCAAGGGCUGUACGGUGGCCUCGGGAUAACAUGUUCUUCCCAUGCGUGGCUUCAUGUUACAUUCACGUUAGGUAAAAGAUUCGAAUUAAUUCAUUGGUCAUCCAAGUCAACUGGGAUAGGCUCCAUCUCACCCGUGGCCAUAAUGAGGAUAAGCAGUGUAGAAACUAGAUAACACACCGUUCUAAUUAGUACUCGAUUUACUCAACAACACAGUGGAGGAAAGAAAUGCAACGUAAAUGGACUUUAAGUAGGCAGUAAAAACACCAUUCUAGUUUAUUGAUUCAUUCAUUAUUCAUGAUUAGUUUGUAAACAACCUGGCUCAACUUAACAUCCGGGUAAUCCUCCACGGGGAAGGCAAAGAAUGACACAAUGUGGGUCGGUGCAGAAACUAGAUGAUCAGCACAAAAUACUGAAAGAAUGGAGAGCUUGUGCUAAGUGCCUGUCUAAAAAAAGAAGGGUGAUAUCCAGGACUGUACCAACUCCAGGGAAUACAGCCGAUGUCCCAUACCCUGAAUGGAUGGAAAGAAUUGGAGAAGAAAUAGAAUAGAUAGGAACUACAGACAACAGAUGCAGUGGCAGCCCUCAGAACAGGGGUGUCCAAAGUGCGGCACAAGGGUCCAGUUGUGGCCAGCAAGUGUUUUUUAAUUAGUUGUUUUUUUUUGUAGUGGGCUAGCGGCACAUUCUGAAAAUUGAAAAUAUUAUUUAACAAGAAAAUUGCCACAAAAAAAAAAUCCACAGUAAUUUUAAAAGACUAAAGUCAAAAUAAUCUUACAAGAAAAAAAAUCAAAAUUUUAAAAGAAUAGAUUUUGGAGCACAAAGUUGAAAUACUAAAGAUGUUUUGUUUUUUUAGUCAGAAUACAAAACAGCGAAUGAAGUUAUAAUUUUGGGAAAAUUUGGUUGCGGAAAAAGUCAUGUUACGAGAAUAAAGUCAAAAUAUUAUGUGAAUAAAGUCAUAAUUAUGAGAACAAAAUUUAAGGGAAAAAGUAGAAAUUAUUGGGAACAACUCCAACAGAAAUGGGGAAAAGAAGAGCUGUAAUUCUACAAACAUAAAGCGAAAAUAUUAACAGAAAAAAAUUGUAUUUAACAAGACAAAAAGUCAAAAUAUUUCCAAGAAUGAAUAAUACGUAUGUGAAAAAACAUGUUAGUUGUCCAAAUUUGUAAUAUUACGAGAAAAACUAAACAAAAACAACACGCUUUUCCACCCACUAGUAUAUGGUGUAAAACCAGUGUGAUAUUAUGCAUAUUAUUUGUAGACCUAGAGCAGGCGUAUGAUAGCGUGCCACGUCAAGAGGUCUGGAGACGUACGCUAGAGAAGGGAUCAAGAACACGGAUCAGACGUAGUAUGGCUUUAAACUGGAUGGAUUCCAGUUGGGAGUUGGCUUACAUCAGGGAUCUACCUUAAGCCCAUAACGUUUUGAUCUGAUUGAUGAUGAAUGUGACGGCGUAUGCGGGCUGCUGAUGACCUCGUGUUGUGCAGCAGCGGCAGAGCGGUUGAAGAGGUUUACGAUCAGCAGAAAGAAGACGGAAUACCCGAGGUUCAACAAAGAUCAAGACUGAGAUUAGUCUCCAAGGGACACGGUUGCACAGACUGGAUAAGUUGAAAUACCUGGGAUCGACGGGGCUUGAGGAUGGGAAUUUGGAUGCGGAGGUUACAAGUAGAGUGCAGUCAGGGUGGAAUAACUGGAGGAAGAUGUGUGGGGUUCUAUGUGAAGACUAUAUAAGUAGUAGGAAGAGCAGCAGUGAGAAGAAGAAGCUGCGUGUGACAGAGAUGAGAAUACUUAGAUGGAUGUUGGACUAACCAAAAUGGCUAAGAUCAGAAAUGAUGGAGUGAGAGGAACAGAUAAAGUGAAGGGGAAUGCAGUGAUGACAAGAGAAGGAUGGAUUUGGAAGCUACAUGGACUACGUUAGGGGGCAUUUGAGCGCAAAACAGCCGGUCGAUGUGUCGCAAGGACGACUGUCUGAACAUCGACCCCACACAGGAAGUUAGCUUAUCUGCUAUAGCAGCUCAUAUGACACGAUUCGGUUCAACAACAUUUGAUACACUUUAAAACAGAAGCCUUAGAUUAUUACCCAAACGGCGCCUUGCUAGCUUGAAGUUCGCCGAUAAUUUACACACAAACGACGCUACUAGCUUAAACUCGCCAACGACAGCAUGGCGUCUAAAAGUCAAACUAGCAAAGAAGCAGAAUACUUUUAAGACGUUUUAAACCGCUACUUACCUCAGAACUAAUGACGACUUUCACGGGCGGUGUCUGUCUUGUAACAGCAUUCACUUUGCCAAUACGUCACCUGGACAACAACUUCAGAUAAAAACCUCUCACUAGUGGACAUGCUAGGAAAUGUAGGACACAGGGUGCCGGUCUGAGGUGCUGGACAGGCAAUUAUGGGUACAAAACUACAUUUCCCAGCAUUCAUGUGCUGUUUCCGGUUUUGUGUGUGUUAAGCGCGUGUGUUGCACCGCCUAAAAUACAGCGUACUCGACAUUUGAAGUAAUAAUAAUAAUACAUUUUAUUUGUGUAGCGCUUUUCAGAGUACUCAAAGACGCUUUACGGUAGAGAAGAAGAAAUAAAAAUAGUAAAAGAUGCAUUAAAACACAAUAUCCAAACAUUAAUUCAGAGCUAAAACAAGGCUAGGGGCGGGGCGUACAUAUUUUACCGGAAGCAUAUAAUAAUAUGGACUUAAUGGUUUCGAGGCAUGAACUUCGUUUUUUUCUGUGACAGGGCGUCAACUCACUGCCUGGUAAGUUGUAUAAUAUUCACACAACUUAUUAAAAAAUAACUCAAAACUGCAUUCCACCAGAAAAUACAGUCCUACAUUCAAAAUAAAAUGGACUAGAAAGCGCCGGCCUUCCUUCUUCUUUGCUGAAAUAAUGGCCGGCAGGGGAUACUUUCCAGCGUUUGCUGUCCUCUACCGCCAUUUUGGGGACGUAGACCUUCUAUUUCAUGGACAAAGCCAGCAGACGACAUUUCCCUGAAAUACCCAGGAUGUCCUCUCCACAGCACAGGUCAGCUUGAAGGUCCAACAUGUCCCGAAUUCCCCUGAAUCCUCCUACCGGUCGGACGUACCCCGAACAUCUCCCCAGCGCUACGGACCGAUCAUGGGUGACUGGAGCUUUCUGGGAAACAUUUUAGAGGAAGUCAACGAGCACUCCACGGUGAUCGGCAGGGUGUGGCUCACGGUGCUUUUCAUCUUCCGCAUCCUCAUCCUGGGCACGGCGGCGGAGUUUGUGUGGGGCGACGAGCAAUCCGACUACGUGUGCAACACCCAGCAGCCCGGCUGCGAGAACGUGUGCUACGACGAGGCCUUCCCCAUUUCCCACAUCCGGCUGUGGGUGCUGCAGAUCAUCUUCGUGUCCACGCCGUCGCUGGUGUACGUGGGCCACGCCGUGCACCACGUGCACAUGGAGGAGAAGCGGAAGGAGCGCGAGGAGGCCGAACUGAGCCGGCAGCAGGAGCUGAGCGAGGAGAGGCUGCCGCUGGCCCCCGAUCAGGGGAGUGUCCGCACCACCAAGGAGACCAGCACCAAAGGAAGCAAGAAGUUCCGACUGGAGGGCACCUUGCUGAGGACCUACAUCUGUCAUAUCAUUUUCAAGACGCUCUUUGAGGUGGGCUUCGUGGUGGGCCAGUACUUCCUGUACGGCUUCCGCAUCCUGCCGCUGUACAAAUGCAGCCGCUGGCCCUGCCCUAACACGGUGGACUGCUUUGUGUCUCGUCCUACAGAGAAAACUGUCUUCAUCAUCUUCAUGUUGGCCGUCGCUUGCGUCUCGCUCUUCCUCAACUUUGUGGAGAUCAGCCACCUGGGCCUCAAGAAGAUACGCUUUGUUUUCCGCAAGCCGGCCCCCGCCCCGGCGCAGGGCGAGGGCUCUGCCCCCCUGCCCCCGGGGAAGAGCCUCCCCCCCUUGGCCGUGUCGUCUCUGCAGCGGGCCAAAGGUUACAGGCGAUUGGACGAGGAGAAGGUUCCUCCCAUAACGCACCUCUACCGGCUGGCCGAGGUGGGCAUGGAGGCCGGAAGGGGAGCGCCGCCCUUCCACGGGCUGGAGGAGAAGGCGGGGGAGGAGCUGCCCAUGGGGGAGAUCCCCAAAGCCUACGACGAGAGCCUGCCCUCUUACGCCCAGACCACCGAGGCCGCGGGGGUGACAUUACAGCGGGCGGACGGGGCGGGGGAGGGCGGCGAGUGGCAGGGUGCCGACGCGGAGGUCGAGGGGGCGGUCACCGCCGAGGGGGAGAGCGCGGCCCCGGCGGGCAGGAAGGCGUCCAUAGAGGACAGCAGACCUCUGAGCCGGCUGAGCCAGGCCAGCAGUAAGGCCAGGUCGGACGACCUCACCGUAUGAACCUGUGAGGGCGACCCCGCGCAUGUGCCGCCGCACCACGCCAACGUGCCGACGGAGAGCACGUACACCGACGCACGCUCCAGAAAACCUAUAGCACGCAGACCCCCCCCCCACGCCGAGGCCUUACAUUGGACUUAAAUGUAGUUUACUCACACCUCAAUUGAGGAAAAAUGCCUAAUAUGGGCAACGGAAUACAAUUACUGCUGAGACUUCCUCCUUGGUGCAUGCCCCAUCCUUUAGGUCGUCUUUGCUUCAUUUUGUUAAACUAUCAAUACAAUAAUAAUAAUAAACCAAAUCAUCAUAGGAAAUACUACUAAUUCAAUAAACAAAUCUUCUUGGUGGGGGUGGAAAAAAAACACCAAUUCUAAUGAAAUAGUCUAUUGAAUAUGUAAAAAAAAAAAGUGUGUUCUUGGUAUUCAAAUGCAGGGUGGACAUGUUUUUACUUGAUAUAAAAAAAAACAAACCUAUGUUCCAUUUUUAAGUAACAUCUUUUUUAUCGAAAGGUUUUAAUCACAUUUGAUGGAGGGUUAGACGUUUUUACACCGAGACCUCUAGUCUAGUAUACUUGUGUGUCUUGGCUGUACUUCAUUUGUACUUCAUUUGUACUUCAUUUCCAUUUCAUUCAAACAGAGCCUCUGUUCACGCCGCGCAAACAAACCAGUGCCUACUCUAUCCAUUUUUAUACGCAGCUCAAAAAAAAAGGUGACAUUUUCGGGGAUUUUUUUUUUUUGUUGCAAGUGUGCACUGUAACACGGCUUUUUACACCUCAACUACGCAUCUAUCACGUGACGUGCAACCAUCUCGUGUUUAUAUAUAUGAAGUCACGAGGACAACACCGCACGUCUCAAUGUCUUUUUCAAUGUCUCUGUGUGUCAUGUAGACCGCCGUGCCAUUUGGAAGCGUUUUGCCCUAUUAGAGAAUGAACUAUAGAGCCACCUCAGGCCAAAUCCGCUCUCUUUUUGCGCUGUACAAACAGGCGUCCGGGUGAUAAAGAUCUUGCCCCGUCAGCACAAAGUAUUGUUGGGAGGCGGGACAAUAAAAGAAAACGGUGGCCAUGACUGAAAACAAGCAUCCUUAACCUGGCUUGCGGGGGGAAGAGAAAUACUUGAUUUAGUUGAAGAGGCAAAUACUAAACCACAGUCUGAGCAAGUGUACAUAGCACCCAUGUCAUUGUGUCAGAAUGUACAUAAUGUGUUGUUUUAGGUACUUGGCUCAUAUAUUUCAUGUCACCAUGUCACAAACGGUGCCACAUUAUUCACCGGCAAGUGUUACAAUUCAUUGAAAGCAUAUUGUUGUGCCUUUUAUGGAAAUCUCUAGCUUGAAAUAUAUGUAGAUAUAUAUUUAAACAUAUACAGGAUUGACCUCUGUGAAUCUUGGAAUUCAAACAAGCAGGAUCAAACACACGUACGAUGCACAUGCAGGGCAGCUUUGACCCUUUUCUGACCCUUAAUCCUACUUUAACAUCCUAUAAAAAUGCAAAGAGCAAAAGCAUACUUGUUUACACAUCUUAAAGUGACAUAUGACUGGUAAGGUAUAUGAUGACUGUUGCAUUGCUUGUUAUGUUUGUAAGAAGGAAUGAUUCAUCUUUGGAGGAGAAAGACAAAUAUCAUUUUUACUAACUUGUAGUCUUCUGAUGAUAAUUGUGUAGUGGCAGUAUCUUCUUUUUAAAUGCAGUCAAAAAAAAUAAUAAA